UCCGCAACCCCGGAUCUGCGCUAUCCCAUCGGCACGUUCACCGUCUCGGGUGCGAUCACCGAGGAUCAGGUCGGCGCCUGGCUCGCCGACCUGGUGGCGCUGCCCGGCGACCUCCGCCGAACGGUGACCCCGCUGAGCGACCCUCAACUGGACACUCCGUACCGUCCCGGCGGCUGGACCGUUCGGCAGGUCGUCCAUCACCUCCCCGACAGCCACCUCAACUGCUUCCUCCGGUUCCGCUGGGCUCUGCACCGAAGACCGGCCGGUGAUCAAGCCGUACGACGAAGCGCUGGUGGCGGAGCUACCGGACUCCCGGACGGCCCCGAUCGACAGUUCGCUGGACCUUCUGCGGGCACUGCACGUGCGCUGGGCGGAACUGGUGCGGAGCCUGAGCUGGGAGCAGCUCCAGCGGACAUUCUUGAACCCGGAUUCGGGCGAGAACACUCUGGCCCGCACGGUCGGGGUCUACACCUGGCACGGGCGGCACCACCUCGCCCACGUCGAAAGGCUGAUCGAACGCGAGAACUGGGCCUGACUGGUUGGGCCUGA